CGCAAAGUCAUUGCGGAAACGGGCCGGAGCAGCUCCGGGUAGGGAAGCUCACAACACCAUACCCGGUACUCGUACACAAGCCAGACGAUACUUGAGGAGACCCGACAACACGAAGUGAGGAUCGCAGUGCCGCACAGGGCUGGGCCAGAAUGAAUGCGUGAUGGAAUUUGACAGGACCUCGACUCGGUAAUACUUUACAAUUCAACAUUCCCAGGUUCCCACGAAUACCUCUGUAGACUCCUCCAGUAUGGCGGAAUCAGCCUAUGCCCAGACAGUGCUGGACCAUUACCAACUCGCGACUCCGUAUCCCGUCGAAUGGCCGGCCGAAAAGGAUAUGAGCGAUGCUUCAGAUGAAGAGGAAGAAAGCUCCAACGCGAAGAAAAAGGUGAUGCGACGCAAGUCCCGGUAUUCUGCAUUGGAAAGACCAACCGGUGAUCGUAAGAGUCUCGUUCCUGGAUCACAGAGGACACGAAAUGGGACAGAAAAUCUAGUGCAAAGGGACGAACCUGAUCCCCUCGGUACAACAGAGAGCGUAGUGAGAAUCCUGCGGCAGCUGGGUCUGCCAGUACAAGAUGAUAUCGGGCUUCGUAAGUCAAGGAACCUUGUUAGAGGGGGUUUGUAUCUAACAGCACCCAGGAAAUAGAUUCCUACUCUCCUCUACGACUUUCUCGCCGUCACUCUUCCUAUCGCAAGUCCACUCGACGGCGUCCACCAACGACCUCCUAAACGGGCUUGAUACACUUUCCAGGUCCAUUGACCAGAAAUCCGCUUCCCUCAAAGUUCUUGUCGAGUCCAACUUUGAACGAUUCGUCCGUGCCAAAGCGACCAUUGAUAACGUAUACACAGAAAUGAAGUAUAGAGGAGAGAAACCGGUGCCGCCUCCCCCAAGAAGCAGACCACAUUCCCGCCAUGCUAGUCGAAAUAGUUUCAGAACGAGUAGUGGGAAUCAAGCCUCUAUGGCUCUUCUUACCCCGGACACAAAAAAGAAGAACGCAUUGACAAAGGAAAGCGAGUAUGGGGUUUUGGGUAUUAAAAAACCGCUUCUCGAUGUAUCAGCGAAAGCCGAAGAAGUAUGGGGCCCAGCUUUGGGAGGUCGUGAAAAGGAAGACAGUCUGAAAAACAUGUCGACAGCUUUCUUGCAAUACAAGGAGAUGUAUGAGGCAAACGGUGCCAUCACGGAUUGUAUCAAGCGCAAAGAUUACGAAACAUUAGUUGAAGAAUAUGGCAAGGCCAGACGAUUCGCAGAUGAUGCUAAAGCUCUUACUGAAAACCUGGGAUCUACGUCACCAACCGAUUCUCAGUUGCACCGGAUACUGCUCGCUGCUCGUGUAUGGCAUGAUGUCGAAGAGCAGAUUUCCGACUUCAAGAGAGAUAUUUGGAGAAAACUCAUCGCCAUACAGGGACCGUCUAAUCGGGGUGAUGGUGCUCAAAGCCCACAUCCACAAGACCAGCAUAUGGAACUUAUAGGUAUUUUACUCGAACUUGGCGUCGAAGAUAAUCCUAUUUGGGUUUGGCUCCUCAGUCGCUAUGAUCACUUGAAGAACAAAGUCUCUCUGACAGCAGAGCGUUCCAGAAUUGAAAUUGAAAUUACCCGUCGGCGAUUAGCGAAUGGAGAAAGACCUUCCAAUCAAGUAGUGGCAUCCCAUCUCCGAUCACUUACACGUCAAACUGUCGAAGAUAAACCUACUUCUAUAGACUCUGCGGAUAUCGUAGAGCUUUGGGAAAAGAUGAAUAUCUUUCUCACCAGUUUACUUUCUCCUAAAGGUAUACUUGGGGAGGUCAUGGAGUUCUGGAAAACCAUACAAGGCUUCCUGGACGGAACAGCGCAAAGGACCUUGCCAGCCGGUCUAAACGGCGAAUCACGUAAGCAUCACAGACUUUCCGCUGAAGGGGAAGCCGAGAUACAGAAAGGUACGAUCGAAUUGGUUGAUAUGAUACGAGAAAGUGUGUUUUCUUUUUUCGCGGACCCUCCAAUUGAUGACAUAUCUUCGUUAUUCUCCCCCUUACCACCGACUCCAUUGACACCAGGAUCUGCCAGCGUAUCGGCACUAACACCCACAUCAAUCCGUGGUCCUCGUUUCACUUUCGACCCAAAUAAACUGCCUCCACCAUCUCCCAGGCGAGGAGAAGCCUGGGAAAAGUUUGCUUUUUGGCCUCCGUGGUCAAACUCGCUUAGUGGAGUUCAUCAUCUCGCCAAAUUAUUGGUGUUGGUAGGGACAGGUGCAAGUGAAAUGGCUUCUAUAUCACUCAUUGAAAACGGGGAUGGCGUUGCUUUGGAGCGACUGAAGACCUUGGUUGGGGGUGCUCGAGAGCGAUGUGUGACGGCGAUUUGUGCUGCCUGGAAUAAAGACGCAGAGAAUAUCAAGGUGCUCGAAGAUUGGCGGCGGUCCCCUGAGAAACGCAAUCUCACAAGAAUGCCAGCGAAUUUUAGUGCAUUUGAAAGCGCAGUUUUGACGGGAAUGCAAAAGAUACUGUACAUUUCUGAAGCGAAAGCUGGUAGUGCUCAGGUUGUUCUUCCACCGCCAGCAAAACUCUUACAAAUGGUUCGAAGUCAGUUUGUCACGACAUUGUACAAGGCAUUGAGCGGGAUGGUGGAAAAUGCCGAGCGAAAUAUAGUAAAGACAGAAGAUGACUGGACCACUGAAAGAGAGGGGUUAGCGAGUCCUGUGGCAACUGUUAUUGCAACUAGCAUCGGUGCUGGUACUGUCAAUGCUAGUGACAGAGUAAGUUGUCCUCGUAUAAGGUUGUAGGAAAGAACUGACAUGAACAGAAUGUCCGCAUGCUUCUCACUUUGAGCAAUCUCCAGGCUUUACGAAGCGAUGUGGUGCCUAACCUAACUACCCAAUUUGAAAAUUCCUUUUCAGUGAAGCUUACGGAUGAGACAAAAACCAUUCGCGACGUCCUUGGUCAGAUUGAUGCCCGUCUCUUCCAGUCUUACACGCGACCCGCAGUCGAAAGUUUAAAGAGCAUCAUCAAGAACGGCAUUCUAAAUCCUGCUUGGCCACCUGCAGAGAACGAGAAACCGAAAGAAGUGCGAGCAUAUGUCUACGAAGCUCUGUUGAGUUUGGUUCUCGUACAUACCCAAGUAUCCACCACCGCAUCAUCUCUCACUGCCCACGUUCUUUCCUACCUCCUUGAACAAGCCUCCCGAGAGCUCCUCGAGGCCUUCAAAACGAGACAACAGUAUUCCCUCUCCGCGCUCAUGCAAGCUACGCUUGAUGUGGAAUUCGUGGCCCAGACGCUUAGUCAAUAUACGACUGAUCGCGCGAGUGAGAUGCAGAGCCAGAUAUAUCAGGAAUUGGACAAGGGGACGGAUGAUGAUGCGAGGGCGAGGCUUCAGAAUGAGUUGCCGGAGAUGAGAGCGGUGUUGAAGAAGUUGAGGGAGGGGAGCAGAAGUGAGUUCGCUUGUUUUAAGAAGGCGAGGAGGUCGGAGAGGACUACUGCUGUGGUGUCUCCGGGGGGUUGA